AUGCCUGCCGCGCCUCCUGUGCACAGGGCGCCGCAGGUGGCGACAUCGGCCGUGUUGGCCGCGGCCGCGACCGCCGCGGCCGCCUUGGCGAGCCGGCACUGCAGCGGGGGCGCGUUCGCAGCCUCGGCCAGAGAGGUGGCGGCGGGCCGCGCCGUCCCGUGCCGGCUGCGAGGAGGGGGCCGCCGGCCGCCCCGCACCGGUAGCCUCCAGAGCUUCAGCGGCGCCCCCGCGGCAGCGGUGGCCGGAGUCCUGGCCACGGCGACGGCCGCCGCCGCGCGCCGCCCGGCGGCCGGGAACCGCGCGGUGGCCAGACGAGCCGCGGGCAACGCCGCCGGGACGGUUGAAGUGCAGAGCAAGGGCAAGGUCGGCGUCAACGCCCAGCGUGGUAUCGAGAUGCUCUUCCGACUCGGCAAGGAAGUCAAGCCGUCCUACUUCGCGGUCAACGCGUGGUACGAGUCCCCAGACGUAGGCGAAGUGACGGGCAGAGAUCGUGUCACCAAGGCCUGGCAGCUCAGGCCAACGCGCACCAUCGACAGGGUGUGUGACGGGAAGAUCGCGGCAGGGUGCACGUGGACCCAGCUCGACGGGCGCCGCGGAGUGAGCUACAUCCGCUUCGAUGAGUAUGGCAAGGUGAACUACAUACGCGAGGUACCAGAGCCUAAGCUGCUGAAGUUUGACAAGAACAGUCUGGAGGCCAUGGCGCCAGCGCUGGGCCUCGUCAACGGCAUCAACAAGGUGUGGAGCUGGGCUCCUGGCUACCUCGCCAACCUUGACCCAGAGGCGGAGCAGCAGGUCGAGGGCCGCGCUCAGCCGAAGACCAGAAGAGCCAAGGAUGUCGUGAAGUAUUUGUGGCAGGAGGCGCAGUGGUCCGGCCAGUUCUCCGUGAGCAACAUCAUGCGGGAGUAUAGCGAAGACUGCGUCGUCGAAGACAUGACGCUCAAGGACGAGAAGUUCGCCAUUGGUUUCGACGCCGCGGAAGAGAUGAAACAGAACGCCCCGCAGAACUUGAGGUGGAAUUUAGACGAGCUCUCCAACGGCGACAAGGACGGGACGCCUGUACCGCCGUGUGGCACAUCUACUUCGCCGGCCAAAAGAAGCGCGGCUUGUCCUUCUACGAGCUCGACGAGGCGGGGAAGCCGCCGCGUCCGCGCGGGCGCGCCCUCUCGGCGGGUGGGGAGGGCGCUCCAGGAGCCGUGGUUCCGCUCCUGCACCACCUCGAUCCUGGAGCAGGCGGUAGAGGACGCCCACGCGCAGGCGCCGCCCGCCUCGGGCGAGACGCACCUCGCCGCGCAGGCGGCGCUGGAAGGCGCGGCAGUGCCCGACGAGCCCCCGCGGCGGCCAGCCGACGGCCUCUCGGCGGACGCUGUCGCGGAGGACCGGCUCUGGGAACCGCGGCCGCGGCCGCCGCCACAGGCGGUGCCCAGCGUGUGA